AUGUCCCCGCUCGGCGCCCCCCGAGCGGCAGCACCCUGGGCCCGGCUCCACCUUAACCAGCGGCUCCGGCGGAGCUCGGGGGCGUUUAUCUCACCCGGGAUCAGCCAAUAUUUGUGGCCACGUCAGGAGAACGAGCCCAUCCUCGCCCCGUGCUCCCUCUCAGUCCAGUUCUACCCCCCCCUGCUCCGGGUGCUGCCGCUGCCUCUCCCCUCCCGCUCCCCGGACGCCGCUGGAAGUCCCACGCUGUCCCCUGCCGCCACCGAGAUGUCGGUCACCGUGGCUCUGCUUCUCCUGAGCCUCCUGCGGACGGCUGCCGCCGCGGGCGAGUGGUGCCCGGCCUGCGGGGUGGCCGCGCUGGCCCCCGGGGCUCAGCGGGACGCGCUGCUGGCCCUGGCCAAGCAGAGCAUCCUGGCCAAGCUCCGGUUACCGGGCAGACCCAGCGCGCCGCAGCCGCCGGCCCGGGGCUCGCUGCUGACCGCGCUCCGCAGGAUGCGGGCGCAGAGCUCGGACGGGGCCGCCACCCCCGGGAUACUCCGGGACGGGGCUGCCACCCCCGGGAUGCUCCGGGACGCGGCUGCCACCCCCGGGAUGCUCCGGGACGGGACCGCCACCCCCGGGAUGCUCCGGGACGGCCGCGGGCCGGGGCUGCAGGAGUACGAGCUGCUGAGCUUUGCGGAGUCAGGAUCCUCCACUUCCCACAGCGUCCGCCUGCAUUUCCGCUUCUCCCAGGAGGUGGCCGGGAGCUCUGAGAUCCUGCAGGCCACCCUGUACCUGUUCUGGGCAUCUCCUGGCCGCGGGGCACGGCCUGUCACCGUCAGGCUCCUGCAGCCAGACCCGGCGGGGCCCAACCUGACCGUGAGCAGCGAGACGCGGCUGGAGGUGCAGAGACGCGGCUGGACCACGCUGGACGUGGGAGCAGCUCUCCAGAACCUCGUCAGGCAGGACACCCCACGGCUCACAGUGGAGCUGGAGGUGCCAGGCGACUGGGGGUCCCCUCUCCCGUCCCACCGCAGCGAUUCCCACUGGCCGUUUGUGGUGGCCCGAGCCCGGGCCAGGACGCCCCACCGCGUGCGCCGGCGCGGCGUCGACUGCGGCGCGGACUCGCGGAUGUGCUGCCGCCAGGAAUUCUUCGUGGACUUCAAGGAGAUCGGCUGGGAGGACUGGAUCAUCCAGCCCGAGGGCUACCACAUGAAUUACUGCUCGGGGCUGUGCCCGCUGCACGUGGCCGGCAUCCCCGGCCUCGCCGCCUCCUUCCACACCGCCGUCCUCAACCGCAUCAAGGCGGCGAGCGCGGCGGCGGCCGUGGAUUCCUGCUGCGUGCCCACCCAGCGCCGGCCCCUCUCCCUGCUCUACUACGACCGCGACAGCAACAUCGUCAAGACCGACAUCCCCGACAUGAUCGUGGACUCCUGCGGCUGCACCUGAGCCGUGCCGGGGCGCUGGGAGGGCAGGACACGGCGGGACGGGGCUGCCUCUUCCCCGCUCCCGGCUGGGAGGGAGGAGCUCGGCCGAGGGGGUUUCUCCUCCCGCGGGUGAAGCAUCGAGGGUGAUGCUGAAUGUGCAAAUCGCCUCCUCUCUCACCUCCCGCUCGGCUCUUUCCCCCUUUGGAUCUGCCCUGGGUUCCUCUCAUGGCCCCUCAGGCUGGCUCCGGGUGGAGUUCAGAUGGACGGAUGGACUGAUGGACCGAUGGACUUCUUCGGGAUGCUGCAGAGCCCAGAUCAGGACGGUCCCUCUGCCAUCCAAGGUCCUGGUGUGCCCUGGGUGCUGCUACAUCAGCCCAGGACCCACCAGUGGCCACCCUGGUGAGGACAGAGAGCGGGGGUCACCCCCACAGCCCCUCCCAGGUGGACACGAGGCUGAGGAGGGAGAGGAGAGGGAAAUCCAUCCCAGUGGGAGGAAUGGGAAUGUCUCCUUCUCCAAGCGUGGUGUUCAAUAAAGGCUCCCGGUGGUGUGUGCACGUGUGUGCCCUGUCCUUCCCUGGCACGUCUUCCCAUGCUCCUGGCUGCUCCCAAAGAUCCCCCAUGCUCUCUGCCCC